AUGUUGAGUAUUAGACCGGCUACUCAUGCUGGUUCUUGGUAUAGCGGAGAUCCUAAUGCUCUCAAGUUGCAAAUCCAGAACUUAAUUGCUAGUGCUCAAAAUCGUGUUGGUUUGCCUGUUGAAGGUGCAAGAGUAUUGAUUGGUCCGCAUGCUGGUUAUACAUACUCGGGAGAACGCCUUGCUGAAACUUAUAAUGCCUGGGACACUUCAACUGUAAAGAGGGUGUUUUUGUUGGGCCCCUCGCAUCAUGUAUACUUUAAGAAUCACGCAAUGCUUUCUCCCUUUGAUUACUAUGAGACUCCAAUCGGCAAUUUGCAAGUGGAUCAAGCUAUAAUAAAAGAGUUGCUAUUGAAGCGCUCAUUGAAAAAUCCAAACAAGCCGAUAUUCAAAGUAAUGUCUCAAGAAGUUGACGAAGAAGAGCAUUCUUUUGAAAUGCAUGCACCUUUCAUCUCAUAUCAAGCUGCAACUUCAAAGACUCCUCCAACUAUCAUUCCCAUAAUGAUCAGUGGAAUGGAUAGCGAGGUUCAAAAUGAUAUAGCAGAGGCUCUUUUACCAUACAUUUUGAAAAAGGAGAAUCAUUUUGUUAUUAGUUCCGAUUUUUGUCACUGGGGAUCUCGGUUCGGUUACAUGAGCAUUCUCCCUAAUGAAGAAUGCUCCUUGAAUACACUAGAAAAGGAUUUGGUUUCACUCGAGGGACUCCGUGGCGGUGGCGGUCGCAACUAUAAGAUUUCCAGUGCUAUAUCAAAUCUAGAUAAGUUGGCUCUUUGCAUCGCUACAAAUGGCUCUUCUUUACAGUGGAAGCAGUAUAUUCGCAUAUCGGGGAACACAAUUUGUGGUCAAAAACCAAUAUCAAUCGUCUUGCAGCUCAUUGAAAAAUCCGGCUUAAUUCAACCUGAAGAUGGGGGGGUUUUUCAGUGGAUCGGAUACUCUCAAAGCAAUCUGGCUCGAUCCGUUAAGGAUAGUAGCGUGUCAUGGAAGAUGAGUGAGUCUAAGCUAUUUGCGAAAUCCAAGAGUACUGAGCUUAAAGCUGAACUUGAACAUGCGUUUAAGAAGUCCAAGCCAGCCAACAGAGUGAAGAUUGUCCUCCGAAAAAUACUUGCCAAUAUAAUUCUAAAUAAUAAUGAGAUGGUGACUUUGAUGGGUGAUAUAAUCCCAUUGAUGAAAAUGGACGAUUUGGAAAUACGCAAGUUAUGCUGUGAAUAUAUCGUAACGUAUGGUCAGUAUACUCGUGAUACGCUUGCAGCAAUUCCGCUUUUGAAACGAUUUAGAGAGGAAUCGUCGCCUAUUUUAAGAGCAUUAUCGGUGAAAACCAUGACUUCAGUAUGUAUGGUGGAGUUUAGUGAAUUGAGUGUUGAGACAAUUCAAAGAUUGGUUUUGGAUAAGGACCCCUACGUGAGACAAGCGACGGCAUUCUCCAUCGCAAGACUACACCUAAAUGAUCCCGCUCGAACUGAAAAAGCAUCCCUCAUUGAUCUACUUAAUGAGCUCCUAUACGACGAAAGUCCCAUGGUGGUGUCGAAUGCAUUGGCAGCAUUGAGCAGUAUCACUGAAAGAAGUAAGUCUUUGAACUUGACUAUAGACAAGGCACACACGCUAAACUUGAUUAAACUAUUAAAAGUGGCCAAUGAGUGGCAGCAUGUUUAUUUGCUUAAUUCGUUAAUGGCGUACAUACCUCAAAGCGAGCACGAGGCAUUGGAUUUAAUAGAAGCUGUUCUUCCUUCGUUGCAGCAUGAGCACUCGGCAGUGGUUUUGAAUGCCAUCAAAGUGAUUGUCUACUAUAGCAACUAUGCAAGCAAUCCUGAACUCCAUUUACCCAUUCUUCCAAAAAGAAUUGGCUCGUCACUCAAUUCUUUAUUAACAAAGUCCCCUGAAAUCCAGUUUUUGGUCCUUAGAAACGUCAUUUUACUUUUGCUCGGCAAGAGAAACUUGGUUCAAUUUGAAAUUGAAAUGUUUUACUGUAAAUUCGAUGAUCCGAUAUAUGUCAAAGACACAAAACUUGAAAUAAUAUAUUUAUUGGCCAAUGAAGAAAACGUUGACCUGGUGUUGAAUGAAUUGGAAGAAUAUGCUACCGAAGUGGAUGUUUCAAUGGCGAGAAAGGCAAUAAGAGCUUUCGGAAAUCUCGCAGUGAAGCUAGAAGCAGGUGCACAGAGAUGUGUUGAUGUGUUGUGCGACUUAAUAUCAACGGGUAUCUCGUACAUUGUACAGGAGGCUGCUAUAGUAGUCAAAAAUAUCAUCAGAAGGUAUCCAGAUAAAUUCAAUUAUGUUGUGCGAGAUCUCAUCAAGCAUCGGGGGCUCUUUGAGGAACCGGACGCUAAAGUUUCCAUUCUUUGGAUGGUUGGUCAGUUCUGUGUCGAACUUGAAGACUCUGGAAUGAUUUUGGACGACUUGAUGGUUUAUUACCAAGAUGAACCCACCGAAGUUCAGCUUGCUGUUUUAACUGCAGUAACCAAGCAUUAUCUUGUUUACCCUCUGGAGGGAGAACUGAGACUAUUAAACACUUUGAAAUGGGCUACUGAAAAAGCCGGGAACCCUGAUGUCCGAGACCGUGGGUAUCUUUAUUGGAGAUUACUCUCCUCCGAAUAUGCUAGUGCCUCGGAAAAUGGAUUUCAAAAAAUUACAAAGGACAUUAUUUUCAACCUCAAUCCAUUGAUUGUUUCAGAAAAUGACAAUAUUAACCCAGCUGUUUUGGAAGAAUUGGAACUCAACUUUGGCUCUUUAGCAUCAAUAUACUUAAAGCCAGUUCAAAGCGUGUUUCGAAUGACAAAACAUAAAGAGCUACACUGGGCGCCAUCACUUCAAAAACGAGAGCCAACUGUUUCUAUCAGUAGUGGCACUUCGUCACCACGUCUAACGAGUCUGAGUAACCGAGCUUCCUAUUCUCCAACCCCACUGAGAGCACACUCCCAAUCCGAGGUGGUGAAGCAAUAUGCUAAUAGAGCUUCAAGAGAGUCACCAACCUCAAUAUGCACUACACAAGGAGUGUUGCUGCCACAAAAAGAAAACUUUACGCAAAAGUUAUCCAGAAAGAGUUCAUCAAUGACAAGCAAAUUAGCAAGUAAAUUCCCAGGAUUAUAG